CAUUUUCGUCUUAACCACUCUUCACUGUCCCAACUCCUAACGCAUAACGAAAGGGAAGAGCACAACGAAAUGGCGUCUCUUGGCCAAAUCACCCUCCCGUGCGCGCCGUCAUUGGAGAUUGGCUUCCUACGCCGUCGAUUUGAUCGACCGAUCAAAACCCGAGUCGGAUUCAACGGCCGGAUCGCGAGCGCAUUGACAAACGCCGGCGAACAAGCGGGAGUGUCGGUAAAACCGAGUGUGAGCGAGAAAGUGAUUGAAGAGGAGGCGAAACUUCUUGUGGGUACCUACGCGCGUGCUCCGGUGGUGUUCACCAGUGGUAAAGGUUGUAAAUUGUUCGACCCAGAAGGGAAAGAGUAUCUUGAUUGUGCCUCUGGAAUUGCUGUGAAUGCUCUUGGCCAUGGAGAUCCUGAUUGGCUUCAAGCCGUCACUGAGCAAGCUGCUGUUCUUGCCCAUGUCAGCAAUGUCUAUUACACCAUCCCUCAGAUAGAACUCGCAAAACGCCUUGUGGCAAGUUCUUUCGCAGACCGUGUCUUCUUUUGUAACUCUGGAACAGAAGCCAACGAAGCAGCAAUCAAGUUUUCAAGAAAGUUCCAGAGGUUCACCCACCCUGAAAACAAAGAAGUCGCGACAGGGUUCAUCGCAUUCACAAACAGUUUCCAUGGAAGAACCUUGGGAGCUCUUGCCUUGACAAGCAAAGAACAAUACAGAACUCCCUUUGAGCCCAUCAUGCCUGGUGUAACAUUCUUGGAAUACGGUAACAUUCAAGCCUCCACAGAUCUUAUCCGCUCGGGUAAAAUAGCUGCUGUGUUUGUGGAACCUAUUCAAGGAGAAGGCGGGAUUUACUCUGCUACAAAAGAGUUUCUCCAGUCUCUUCGCUCUGCUUGUGAUGCUGCUGGAUCUCUUCUUGUUUUCGAUGAGGUUCAGUGUGGUUUGGGUCGAACUGGUAACCUCUGGGCAUAUGAAGCAUUCGGCGUAACUCCAGACAUAAUGACGGUUGCAAAGCCUUUAGCCGGUGGUUUGCCAAUUGGAGCGGUGCUUGUGACUGAAAAAGUUGCUGAGACCAUAAGUUACGGAGAUCAUGGAAGCACAUUUGCUGGGAACCCUCUUGUGUGCAAUGCAGCCAUUGCUGUUGUUGAUAAAGUAUCGAAACCCUCUUUCUUGUCUAGUGUCUCAAGCAAAGGUCGAUACUUUAAGGACCUGUUGGGGAAGAAACUGGGAGGAAACUCGCACGUCAAGGAAGUGAGAGGAGAAGGGUUAAUCCUAGGAGUGGAGCUUGAUGUCCCGGCGAAUCCAUUGGUCGAUGCUUGCCGUGAUUCUGGUCUUCUGAUUUUGACGGCAGGGAAAGGGAAUGUCGUCAGGAUUGUUCCGCCGUUGAUCAUAUCGGAGGAGGAAAUCGAACGUGCGGUUGAGAUUAUUUCUCACAAUUUGACUGCGCUUGAUUGAAGAAGAUUGAAGUUGAGCACAAAAUAUGUAUGUUUUAACAAUCUUUUUACUUUCAUUAUUUAGCUCCAAAGUCUACCAUUAAUACUGCAUCUCACACUUAUUCACAAGAAACUUGACAAGAUGACAAAAUGUAAGGUGCACUAUAUUCAAAAUGUUUCAUUUGAAAGUCGACUAAAACCAA